AUGUGGAGACGCCUGGGACUUACCCUGGCUCUCUGUCUCCUCCCUUGGGGUGGAACAGAGAGCCAGGAACAAAGUUCCUUUUGUAAGCGACCCCCAGCUUGGAGCAUACGGGGAGAAGAUCCAAUGCUGAACUCGAAUGGUUCAGUGACCGUGGUUGCUCUCCUUCAAGCCAGCUGACACCUGUGCAUUCUGCAGGCAUCUAGAUUGGAAGACCUGCGAAUAAAACUGGACAAAGAAGGCUAUUUUAAUAUCUCCUAUGUCAUUGUUAAUCAUCAAGGACCUGCUUCUCAAUUAAAGUACAUGCAUCUUAAAGAUAAGGUUUCAGAGCAUAUUCCUGUUUAUCAACAAGAAGAAAAUCAAACAGAUGUCUGGACUCUCUUAAAUGGAAACAAAGAUGACUUUCUUGUAUAUGACAGAUGUGGUCGUCUUGUAUAUCAUCUUGGUUUGCCUUACUCCUUCCUAACUUUUCCAUAUGUGGAAGCCGCCAUUAAGAUUGCUUAUUGUGAAAAGAAAUGUGGAAACUGCUCUUUCCUGAUUCCUGAAGAUGAAAUCUGUAAAAACAAAUCUUUGGCAAAUGUGGAAGAAUCGGAGGACCCUAAACCACAGUACGAUCAUCAUCACCAUCAUAAGCACAAGGACCACCAAACAGAGGGUCACCCUGAGAAUAGAGAUAUGCCAGGAAAUGAAGGUUUACAACACACCCUUUCACAAAGGCAGGCCUGACGAAAGGGUUGUAUAAAUAAAUUACUCUGAAAGUUAUACAAAGAUUCAGAGUUGGCUCCUAACAGCUGAUGCUGACAUUGUCGACACCUGAUAUUUGCAAACACAGGGUCUGCCGUCACCUGACAGUGUAAAGAAAACCUCCCAUCUUUAUGUAGCUGACAGGGACUUCUGGCGGAGGAGAAUGUCAUUGAAUCUUGACAGUGACGUUUGCCUCUACCUGCCUGA